UGCUGCGCGAACGCCUACGGUUUUUGCAUCGACAAUGUCUUAUCGUUUCUUUUUCGUCCUUUUGUCUUGCAGCAGUGGCGUAAUUUAAAGGGCCGCAAAACGGAGCUCCCACUUCGGAAGUAUAGCCGUGCUGACUCACGUUAUUCUGGAGUGUAGAUAUAGUGCGAGCUCUGCGAGUCAGAAAAAUUAAAAAAGAUCGUAACGAUUCUUGUGUAACCUAAUUUUGCAAUGUGCAGUCGAGUGACUACUUAAUGUAAUUUAACAAGAAUUAAUCUCAAACGUUACACGCGAUCUGUAUCCUUCGGUAUAUAUAUAUAUAUAUAUAUAUAUAUAGUAUGUGGUGGUGCUUACGCGCCAGCUGAUUCAAAUAACACGCGGCUAAGUUCACAUUUAAUUGAUCGAAGCGAAUCGUCUACGUAGCAGUUCGACAAAGCUCUCCUUGCGUUCCUAACUUCAGAUAUUGCAAGUCACUAUAGUAAUCUAGUACAGUGCUGAUGAGCUGACUCUUGGUCUGCUGACCUGACUAUAAAAUGAGGCUGUGGCUAGUGAUACUUCAUAUUAUAUUGGUCACAACUAAUAUAUGGGUAACUGCUCACUUUCACGAAGAACCCUUAGAAGAUAAUGAAUUUGCGGAAUUCGAAGACUUUGAGGAGGAAAAAGCAGCUGGUGGAGCUGUUCCAGUUGCCGAUCGGCCAUCUUCUCAAUUUGAAGAAGUAGAAAAAGAAACUAGCUAUGAAGAAGAUGAUGUUUCUGUCGAAGACGUAGAUAAUGAGUUUGAUCACUUCCAAGAUGAAGAGGAAUUCGAGGGAUUGGAUGCACCAAAUGGAAACUCUGAUGCCAAAAUUGACGAGCCAUCAACAUUAACAAUCACAAAAGUUCCAUUGCAUCUGCGUGCAAGAUGGGACAGCUUUUAUUUAGAGAUACUGAUGAUUGCUGGCUUAUUGGUUUACUUCUUCAAUUACAUUGCAGGCAAAUCUAAGAACUCUCGCAUUGCAGAAACAUUUUACAAUGACCAUCAAGGAAUACUGUCUGAGAAUUUCUCUCUGGUUGGAGAUACUGGAAAAUCUAGUGACGAAGGCAUACUCAAUGGACCUAUCAAAGAAAGCGAAUCACAGUAUAGCAUAUACUGUUCUGGACGAGUAGGGUGCGAUUCAUUGUUGAUUGAAUUAAAGCUAAUCAAGCGACAAGAUUUGGUAGCUGUACUAUCACAGAUAGUACGUCCACAAAAUGACCAAGCUCAUCUGAGAAUCGAAAUGUCCAAAGACGAAACUGAUAACUUUGUUUUAGCCAUAGCUGCCAAAAAAACUGCUCUGCAUAUAUCCAAAGAUAUGGCAGAUAUUAGUGUCUAUUGUCCUGAGAAACGACCUGGAGAAAAAUUUAAUUUACCAUCAGGAUUUUUCGUUAUGUCUGAAAUUUCGGAGGCAACAUCAGCUAUUUUGGAUACAAGAGUUCUUCAGGCAUUUAACAAGUAUGGACAGUACAUUGAUUACAUUCAUAUAAGUGAUCAAUACAGUGGACCAAAGCAACAAGAAGAUACAACUCAGCUAACUAUGCCAGAAGUGAAAAGAGUAUUGUUAGUUGGGUUGAACAUCAGUAUAAAAGGUCGUAUAAACAAUGCUGAAAGCCAAGAAAAAAUUAGACCCUUACUGCAAUUAACGUUUUACUUGCUGGAUAAGAUACGUCGAUUCAAACUUUCAAAGGAGGGUAAAAGUAAGACUGAUAAAAAUCGGCAAAAAGUAGAAGAAGCAUUCUUAAAGACUACACAUGCGGCACGUGCUGAAGCAGCAGCUGCACGACGCGAAGAAAAACGUAGAGUAGAAAAAGAGCGCAUUCUUCAAGAAGAGGAUCCAGAUAAGCAAAGAAAAUGGGAAGAAAAAGAGCAACGCAGACUUGCUAAAAAACGAGCUCCAAGAAUGAAGCAACUUAAAGUCAAGGCUUUGUGACCUCAAAAAUCCCAUGAAAAUUACCAAUUUUAUACUUACUUUUCUUGGUCAUUAUAAGUGUAUUGAUGAAAGUGUUUAUUUAGUACAAGUGUAUUUGUGGAAUUAUACUUUUGUGAAUGUUAAAGUAUACAGUUCUGAGACGUAGUUAUUUUUUAUAAUAUUAAAUAAGUUUCAUUGAUUUUUGUUAUAACAAAAUAAUGAGCAUGAACAAUUUAAAGUCUGGAAUGUUACUUUAACUUGUCAAUUCAGUUGUCAUUGUCUUAUGAUAUUUAGAACUAAUCAUUUAUAUGCCAUGAAGUAAGUCUUAUAAGCACACUUUGUAAAGUUUAUUGUACAUGUAAAUACUCAUUUCUCAUAAAACUACACUUAGUACAGUUACAUCUUUAAUAAAAAUAUUUACAAUGUCAAGUACAAAAAUAUAAGAAAA